GUCUCUCCCUGUGCCUUUGCGGGGACCUAAUAAAGCUAUUUUGAAAGUGACCCCUCGGGCAGAGCGCGGGGAGGGAGCAGCGAGCCGGGCGCAGCUGUCCGGAAUCAUGACUGAAGAUGACGGAUUCCGUGGUGGUGGAGGGUCACGUCAAGUUGAGAGAUGGAAAAAAGUGGAAGAGCAGGUGGCUGGUGCUGCGCAAGCCCUCCCCGGUGGCAGUUUUGCUUCUUUUAGACUGUUUGCUCAUGCUGGUGUACAAGGAUAAAUCUGAACGAGCAAAAGGGCAUAAGGAGAGGAGCAGCAUGACCUUAGAAGACAUCUGUGGCUUGGAUCCUGGGCUCUCCUAUGAGGGCUUGAAUCACACGCUUGCAAUCAUCUGUCUCUCUCAAGUUGUGAUGCUGGGAUUUGAGAACAAGGAAACAAUGUAUGCAUGGGAUGUGAGAAUCCGCCACAGUUUGGGGGAAGUUCAUAGAUUUCAAGUUUUUGUAGCACCUGGUACUAAACUAGAGAGUGGGCCUGCUAUCCUGCAUUUCUGCAAUGACAUUCUCGUCCUUGCAAAAGACCUUCCUCCUAGUGUCAUGGGGCAAUGGAAGCUCUCAGAUCUGCGUCGGUAUGGAGCGGUCCCAAAUGGAUUCAUCUUUGAAGGGGGAACCAGGUGUGGCUUCUGGGCUGGUGUUUUUUUCCUUUCUUGUGCUGAAGGAGAGCAGAUCAGCUUUCUGUUCGACUGUAUCGUCCGUGGAAUCUCCCCGACAAAAGGCCCUUUUGGUUUACGUCCAGUCCUACCAGAUCCAAGUACAAAUCCAGCCUAUUCAGAAGAAAGAUUGGCUCAUGAAGCUUUGCAAUUAGAAAAGCGCUUGAGCUUACUGUCUCAUACAAGUCGCCAGGGCAGCGGAGGAGACGAGAGAAGUCUUUCAAGCUCAUCUUCCGAUACCAGUCACUCGGAUGUUAGUGUUGGGAGCAGAUUGACAAUUUGGCCUGAACAGUCUUCAGCUAGCACUUCUCAAGAGAGUCAUGGACUGGCAGCUGCAAAGGGCAUUCAUCUUGGGGAAGAAAAAACAUUUCCAGAAGGGGCACAUGGCACCACAAAACCACCUCCAAAACCCCUCCGAUCCAGACAGCUACAGGAAAUAGGUCGUCAGAGUUCUUCUGACAGUGGAAUAGCUACUGGUAGUCACUCUUCUUACUCUGGAAGCUUCUCUUCUUAUGCUGGGAGCUUGGACAUUUGCCAUGGUGAUGAGUUUGGAUCAUUGCUAAGCUUGCCAUUGAACUUUCCUUCAGAUCAGAGCUUAUGUACUUGUCCUCACAGUGAGCCCCAGAGAGGUGCGGGAUCAGAGUAUCAGGUUCCCAGCUCUCUCAGACAUGUUUAUGAUAUACCCAGGAGUUUGUUACAGGCAGCUUCUAAAGAUGUGCAACCGAAGAGCUCAUAUUCCACGCUACCGAAGGACCAGGCCCCAUCGUCUCAAGGUGCUAGUGACUCAAAACUGCUAUUACCACACUUGGAAGCACGCAGGGUACCUGAGCACAGCCAAGACAGAGGGAGGCCUUCAUCCUUACUUGCAGAAAGCAGCAAGGACUCAAGUGAUGAGACAUAUGUGGAUUUUGUUUCGAGGUGGUCAGACACAAAACCACCAGGACAGGUGUCAGACUCCAAAAGUAGUGAGUUUUCACCACCUAGUGGGGCCUCAGCUGACCCCUGUGACACAUGUAGCCCCCACCUUGGGAUGACAAGAGCUCUUUUUUCAGCUUGUCCAAUCUGUGGUGGACUAAAGGGAACAGCAAUAUUACAGUCUGGAGUCUUACCAGCUAUACCAGGUACUGGUGCUUCUCUUAUGGCAGCUUCUGGGUCUUUGAAAGUGCACAGAGGGCACAGUCUCCAAGUUGGUCCUAAAUGUAGUUAUGAGAUGCUAACACUUUCUGCAGAACCUGGAACUCCUACUAGCCCUGAGGAACCUGAAGGGGCCGUGGGUUAUUCAGCUGAUAUCCUUGCAUCAGAUCGACCCCACAGCGAGACAGCAACCUAUGUUAAUAUUCCUGUCAGUCCUGCUUCCAAAAAACAGCUUCAUUACAUGGAAUUGGAACUUCAGGAGUCUACAACAAGCAUAAGAGGAGGUGGAUCAUCCCGAUAUGCACAAAUUGACAUUGCAGCCACCGAGACAGCCCAUAAAGUGGGAACACAGCAUGCUCAGUGCCGGGAAGAACGCUUGCAGGAGCUGGAGCAGAAGAAGAAGGGGGCCCAGCAAUGACUUGUCUAGAAAAAAACUUUUUGCUCCCAUAAAUCGGUACUUAUUUUCUCUUGCAAAAGAUUCACAUUUAUUGUAAAAAAUACUUAUACAAAAAGCUGCCAUUCUUUAUUGCAUUUGUACCAGAUUCAUUCCAAUAUCUUGAUUCCUAAUUGGAACACUGGUAGCAUGAGAGGCGUGUGUGGUCUUUCUUUUUAUUUUACUUUGAUUGUAAAGUCCUGAUUAUUUUUCAUAUGCAAUGACAGAUGUAAGUUACCUUUUUCUAUAAUUCUAAAAUCCUGGAGAACCUGGAACCAACUCCAGUUUUUAUUAAAUUGUGGCAUUUCCUUUAAAAAUGAAGAGCUAGAGUGUGUGCAGAUAACGAAAUGUGAAUGUAUGUGUCAUAAGUGUACACAUAUGUUGGCAUGUGUGCAUAUGUAUGUAUGUAAGCACACAUUACUAAUAAAAUAUAUGUAUAUAUCUGAGUGUAUAAAAUAUGUAAAACCUCUAUUAAUAUAUUAAUGGACUCUUACAAAAGCAAGAAAAUUCAGUGCCUGAUUUUUUCAGACACAGUUUUAUUCAAUUUAUAUUCUUAUUUACGGUCAUGCUUAAAUUUUGCUACAAAUGAUUCAGUUUUGUAUCUCACCAAUAGUUCUGUAUCUUUGGCUAAAGUUGCUCAGAUUUAAAAGCUGUAGUGUCAGAAUGCACAUGUAUAUGCAUACUGACAAAAGCACACACGAGAAAGUUUUUUAAUUAUGUCUGUUAACCAACAUAAUGUGAAGGGACAUUUGGGGUGCUGCUGUUCUUAAAAACACUGUGUCAAACCAUAGGCUUUGAUUUCAUAGUUACUGACUACCUGUAAUUCUUAGCAACUUUCCUGCAGCUGGACAUAUGUUUUUGAAAUAUGCUUUUGAAAAUCCGGUCUCAAGUUUCUUAUACAGAAUAUCGUAAAAUCAAGGUACUCAGAAGAAACAUUCAGUUUUAUAAAUUGAGUCCUUUUUUUAUAUCUCCCAGACUGUCCCUUAUGUAAACAUGUAUCAAAAGCGGAUAAUCCACCUUGAAUCUAAAACUUCCAUUGAAUAAUUCUUUGCUAUCCCUAAUUAGCAUAAAAACAGCUUUCUCAUAAAAAGUUUUCUCAUUUGAACAACAGGAGCUUUCUCCUAAAUAAAGAAAAUAACGUGGCUCCAAUUUCCAGAGGCAAACUUGGGAAAUAAAACCAUAAUCCUAUAAGUAGGCUUGUGCUCACCAUGGACUGUGUGCUACUCAGUAGGCUACUGCCAAAAGUAACUACUGCUUCAGUGGGUUUUAUGGCGUUGUUCAUAAGCUGUUAUGGAACAUUUUUGUAUGCAAGUAUUUGGGUCAUGGAAUUUUUCCAGGUUAACAUGGGCUGUGGGAUGGAGGGCUGGGGUCUGGAGGUAUUUAAUUGCCCAGCAGUGAAAGGAGUUGUCUGGGUUUUAGUAGCACUCUGGCACCUAAUCAGGGAAAGUGCCAGUGGGUGUCUUUAGGCAUCUAAAUUGUGUGUGAAAAUCUGCCCCAAAAGUUGUUUUCAGCAAAUAGCUUGGAAAAAAAAUCCUUGCUUUUCUCUCUGCUGUAAACAAAACAGUUUUAAUUAGUGCAGCUUGGAAAGCUGUAUGUGUAUUUGUAAUAUGAGUGAUUACGUUUAUUUUUGAGGUGCUGAACCAUGCACCCUUCAAUAAAUACCUUUCUGGGAUAGCACACACACUAUUUGCUACACUGACCACAGGAGGAAGACACAGAAUUUUAUGGGCUACGAACCAGUCAUUUCUCUUAAAAUUAUGCAUUUUGUUCAGAUGACAGUGCUGUCUUAUAUUUUUAUUCAUCUUUUACCUGGGAAGUUCUUCAGCUCUCAUUUGUCCAGUCGUAGAAAUGUUAUUUUGCAGUCUAGGUUGAAAUGAAAAAUUAAUUUAAUACCAUAAAGCAAUAAGAACAAACAAAGCAGAGUAAGGAUGGAAUUAGAAGUUAUUAACUGUAGAUUUAUAAGGAGUAGCUCUGUAAACUUGUCUUUUCAGUGUAGGUGAGGAGCAUUAAGGAAAAGUGACAUUUAAAAAACAUCUGGACGAGUUUUGAUGAGUCCGGCUUUAUGAUUGCCUUAUAAGAUGACAAGCUUCAGGUCCUGACUUAGGACAAUGAUGAUUGAGUGGUUACAGCUUAAAACCUCCUCUCCUGUGGACUUUUCUUUGAAAGGCUGGAACAUAAGUGACAGAAAGAUCUCUGCAAUUUACUUCCUGGAUUCUGAUACAAUAAAUAACUUCCUAAGGCAGGGGGCAAGUUUAUAAAAGUGCAGCUGCCAAGUAAACUUUGAAUUUAGCAGAAACUUUAGAGUGAGUGAAAGUUAACUUUAAAACUUGCUUUCAGACAUUUGUCUGCAUCAGAGCAUCUAGAAAUAAUUCAAAUUUAUUAUCCCACUGUGUACACAGAGGCGUAUGUAACAUCACCAUUCUACUGAAAUAAUAAGUGUCAGCCUAUCUGAGGAAUGUGCCAUGGGGGAGUGGGAUCAGAAAGCACAUGUAGCAUGACAGUAAUUUGUCUCUACUUUACAUUAUAGUGUUGUGAAACCCCUAAAAAAAAGAAAAAAAAAAAAAGCCUGCUAACGCAUCUGCUAUUGUAUAAGUUAAAUUUUACUCAUCUGUGGGCUGAGCUGGCAAUUUAUGGAUAGUUCAUAUACAGAAAAUAGAGCAGAUUGCAUGCUAGGAAGGGAAUCUGGCCUUUGGAUGCUGAAGUUUUAUUAUGUAAUGAAUUACUCAGAUCCAUCACAGAUUGGUGUCUCUGCUGCAGUUGGAAGAUGUAACCUGUGGUGACCUGUUAGGCUGUGGUGACACUGUCCUUUUACUACCAGCAGUCAGCAGUACUGGACACAAACUGGGAAGCAUGGGAAAAAUUCAUAUUGGGAACUUGAUGGAGAAGUAGGUAGGUGUCAGCAUAGAGCUAGAAAGCAACAGCUGUGCUGUACCAGCUAUUGUACUGUGAAAAGAAGGGUGAUAACAGGGUGACAGAAAGCAUAUUUGAGUCUGUACACACGGUUUGGGCCAAGGCUGGAGACUGCCAGCUGGAUUGUUGCUUCUCGUACAAAGUGUGAUUGUAGGAAGGAAGUGGAGUUUCCUGGAACAGGCUGAGGUGGUUGUUGUGUCCUCACUCAAACAGAAGGUAUGUUGGCACUGUCUCUACCAGAAACAGAGCAGAAACUGGGAUAAUUAAUUCCAAUGUCCACCCUGAAGAGCCAGACUGUCGUGCUGUAUCCGGCAUCGGAGUGUUUCUCAUUGUCCUUGCAUCAAGUACGCAAAAGGUUCAAGUUUGUAGUAUGUAUGGGGUCAAGAAAUUAUCCUCCACAUCUGUUUGUUCUCCUCUGUGGAAAGUAUACGAAAGCUUAGUAUGUGCGUUGGGUGAGGGAUAGUGGGAGCUGAGCUCUGCCAUGACAGGGACACCACCCUGAGUUGGCUUGAAGUCGCACCUAGUUCUGUGUUCAGCUAUACCAGUGUCAUUUAUAAUAGCUGAGAUAUAUCCUAGAGACUAAUCAGGUCUAUUGAAAGCCCAGGAACUGGGCUUGGAUUAUUUUUUUUGCCAUCUCUGUGCUUUUAACAGUAAAUGCAUGAAACUAGUGACCGUAAGUGGUGGCUGUGAGAAUGCAUUGCCUGCAGUGACUGGACUUAAGUCCCAGGUGGGUUGCUGUUGAGAUUGGCUGACACUAGAUACUCCUUCCAGUGUGUGUGUCUCAGGCCAAGCCCUUCUUUAUACUGACAACAUUUAACAUGUUCACACCCUCUCAUUGCUGUCCAUCUGGUUGGGGAACUGUCAAAGUGCAAGUUACAGCCUGCAGCUGGCCACAUCUCUGGUUUGGCCUGUGACAGGAACCCCGUCUCUCUCUAUAGCAGCAUGGUUCUUGACCUGAGCAGCGCAAGAAGAUUCAGAAGCAACUGGAUAAAACAAAACCUGGUGGCCAAGCAGCAAGGCUGUCAAUCUGAAAGCGCUGAACUACCUAGUCCUUCUCUGUCUCUGCUGUACCACUGGAAAGCUAUAAGUGCUCAAAGCUGAAUAGAAUGAGUUGCUUUGUUCCUUGGUUUGAAGGAGGUAAAGAGAAUUCACAUUUAUUCUCACUGUAUGCUUGUGGCUAAAUAUGCUCAUUCCUGUUUCUUCUGUAAUACUGGAUGUGUACCGCAGCAGUACUUUUAUUUGGACUUCUGAUUGCCCUGUUUGGGUGCAUUAGCUGUAUUUUCUUUAAAAAAUCCUAGCACAGCUGUUUAUACAAGAUGACAAUAAAACGAGAAGGAAAAUAAUUCCUAAGCAUAUUUCUGGGAAGGCAUGUUCUUAUCCUGAAUUAAUAACUACUCAUGAAUGAAACCUUUGUUUUGCAGUUCUGCAAAACUCAUUUCUCUACAAGGAAACUUGUGCACUUUGCACAAGACCUGAAAUGAUCAAUUGUAAGGGUUUAGUGACACCAGCAACGUGAAGCUAAUGAAAAAACUGUUUAAGACAUAUGCAUUCCACAUGGAUCAUCGGUACUAGCUGCUUGAAGAAGGGCUUGGAGAAGAAUAAUUCAAGUGUUCCAGCCUACAUUUACCUGCGUGGAAGGUGUUCAGACUGUUGGAAUGUAUUUUUCCUGUAAGAAUCUGUGUCAGUUUGGUACAGAUUAGGAACAACGUAUAACCUGAAAACUUCUUUGCAAAAACUGGGAGAAAAUGACUGCAUUUUCCACUGCCAGCAGUCCGCUGUUGAACUCAAAUGAGCAGCAAUCCUGGAUUCCUAAGCUCUUGCCAUGGAAGUGAGUUCUUUCGGAGAUGUCACUUUUGCACAUAGUUUGUCUCACUCCCCUUCUGUUUUCUUGAACUUCAAGAUGGAGCAAAUACUAGAUCAUCAACGGCCCCAGGAACUGGUAUGAACGAAGACUCUAUAUACUAGUAUCUUUGGAAUUCUAAGCAAAAGUCUUGGAUCUGCAUUGAGGUUGGAGAAUGGACUCUUUCUCCACUUACGAACCAUUUAGUUAAUGGUUCUGGUUGAGACAUCUUUUUCAAUUAGAAACUGAAAUUUGAAUUUAAACACCCAGAUCUGAUGCCAAGCAUUGAAAAUUAUUGGGUUUCACAUGCAGGUUUCAAGUUCUCAGUGUGUUUCUUUUUAAAAUAAUGUAGCUCUCUUUCCCCUUUAAAGUAAGUCCCCUGGAAAAUUAAAACUUCAAAAUAUUAAAUAGCAUUUUAUUUCUGUAAGAGGUUUAUUUCAAAGUGAUCCUACACUCAUUUUCCCUAUAGAAAUCACCAGGUUUAAGUUACAAUAGACCAAUUCUUGACUGGCAACCUGUGAGACUGAAAAUGAUUAGUUUUAUUAAGAUGAUACGUGCAACCUUCUGGUAAGUUAUUGUAUGAGUGAAGGAACAAAAUACCUACAUGCUAUACUAAUGUAUCCAUUGUUUUAACAAUCACAUGUUAAGCAUUCAUAUCUGUAUACUACUUUAUUUUUUUAUUUAGGAAAUGCUCUUCAGUUCAGUGGGAUAAUAUACAUGAAAAUUUGGAUAUGUUAGGACUACUGAUAAAAGCAUUUGAGUUACAAUCAUUGCUGUACCAAACGUGGCUCAACUUGAAAUAUUUACUGUGAAUGGCAGUUUAUAAAUAUAUUUUGGCUCAAGUGGACAGAUUUUAUGAAUGCUUCCAUUUUAUGACUCUGGAUACUAGUAAAAGAAAUCCACACAGUCUUCCUUCUCUGUAGUUUAACAACUUGCUUCCCUAGUGCUAUGGGAAUGGUCUGAAAUGCAUGUUGUAUUUGGAAAAGUUGAUUCUGGUAUUUAGAAGCUGUUUGUUACGUAACAUAGCAUAUAUGGAAAAUACAGUCUUUGUCUCUCAUAGCUCCCUGUUGUCUGUUUCAAAGGUAGGUCUGUUUGUACUGAAAGCAAUGGUCUGUUCUAUUUAUUGACUUAGAUUUCAUGACUUUUUAAUUUAUUUCUUCUAUUCUAAUUAAACGCUAUGAAAAGAAAAAUUAUAUUUAAAAAUUAUUUUAGAAUUGCCUGUGUACCACUUACUGGUAGAUUUUUAUAUGAGAAAUGGUACGUUUUUAAACAAACAAAGCAAACCUGAAACCCAAACACUUCUCCAAAGCAGUACCCAACAGGGAUAGGGAAGGUCUGUGGACGAUGAAUAUAUUGUGAACCAAGCAUGUGAACUGUCUGUUACCUCUGUCUGGGUUAGUCUUGAGCUGAACACUGUAUUUGGGCUUUUGACAUGUGCUCUUGGAUUAGAGCCUGCAGAGAAGCACUCAGCAGCCUUGGCUCCCACUGCAGUGCUCUGCUUUCUGGGCACUGAGACACGCUGGGUCCUGGCUGGGGACUUACAUUCUUUCAUGGAGUGUGACUGCACCAAGUCACCUAAACUCACGUAUUGAACAAACGGCAGAACUGAAAAUACGAUGAGUUGGGGCCCCUGCCAGGGGGCGAGAUGUCCGCUGAGACAGAGCUGCAGACCCUGUGUACUGGGCCGUAGGAAGCGUACCUACAGGUGUGCUUUGCGCUCUAGAGCUGGGACUUGGGGGCUGCCUUCUGCUACCCAGCCACGGUGCAAAGCCCUUCUAAACACUCAUUCCAGAUCAGCUGUUGAAGUAGCCACAUCCUAGGAGGUAAGCCAGGGUACUGUAGAUAUGCACAAAAGGUGACAGCAAGAAAUGGAGAAACCAGCUUACCUCCCAGGAUGUGGCCUGACACUAGGAAGAGAGCCCUGCCAAGGAAAUCAGAUAGCACCUCAGCUUACAAAAUGUAAAUGAUCUCUAUUUGAUAAAUUUAAAUACUCUGACUAUUGCCUGAUCAAUUAGGCAUCAGAAUCCCUUGGGAGGUGAUGGGAAAUCAUUACAACAAUACAUCUGCCAUCGUGGCUGUCCCUCGUAGAAUGAUUGAUCUGAGCUACUCUACCAGCGUGCAGGACGUAGGAUUUAUAAAAAUAAAGGCUUGGUUAUUUCUGUUGUAUUUAAUGACUUGUGUAUUUAUCUCCCUCUUAUUUCCACUCCCAACCUGUUUAAUGAAUAAAAUUAUUCCUAUGUGGAAUCAGUGACACAUUUAUUUAAAUUGAGGUUCUUUUUCAGGGCAGAAUUUUAUAGACCAUAGAAACCAUGAAACAUUCUGAACUUCCUUUUUUUCCCCUAAGAAAUGCAGUUCUUUACUCCUUCUGCUUCCAUUUUUUUAUUUCAAAUUGUUUCUCUAAGUGGUUUGAAAAACUUAGUAAUUUGAAUAAUUAUGAAAGGAUCAGAUAAAAUACCAGUUAAGGAAGGGAAGGUUCAAAUACUAUUUAAAAGCUGAUGGUUUUUGAAAGCUGUCUGGCAGUGAAAGACCUGGGGGUGUUGGUGGACAGCCGACUGAACAUGAGUCAACAAUGUGCUCAGGUGGCCAAUAGCGUCGUGGCUUGUAUCAGAAACGGUGUGACCAGCAAGUCCAGGGAAGUGAUUCUGCCCGUGUACUCCGCACUGGUGAGGCCACGCCUCAAAUACUUGGUUCCGUUCUGGGCCCCUCACUAUAAGAAAGACAUUGAGGUCUUGGAGUAUGUCCGGAGAAGAGCAAUGAAACUGGUGCAGGCGCUGAAGAACAAGUCUUAUGAGGAGCAACUAAGGGAACUGGGGUUGUUUAGCCUGGAGAAGAGGAGGCUGAGGGGAGACCUUAUUGCUCUCUACAACUACCUGACAGGAGGUUGCAGAGAGGUGGGUUUUGGUCUCUUCUCCCAAGUGACAGGCAAUAGGACAAGAAGGAAUAGCAUCAAGCUGCGCCAGGAGAAGUUUAGAUUGGAUAUUAGGAAAAAUUUCUUCACAGAAAUGGUCCCCACGCACUGACAGAGGCAGCCCAGGGAGGUGGUUGAGUCACCACCCCUAGAGAUGUUUAAAAGGUGGGUAGAUGAGGUGCUGGAGGACAUGAUUUAGUAGUAGACAGGUAUGCUUGGAGUCGAUGAUCUCUAAUGUCUUUUCCAACCUAAUGAUUCUGAUUCCCAUUCAGAUGUGCGUUCUGUGCAGUCUCACCUAUGAACACCAUUAUCCACCCUUCUCUUGGGUACACCACUGCAGGCAUAUUUAAUUUAGAUCUUUUUCCUUUGAAUUUUUGUUGCUAUUUACAGAAGCACAAGAAUGGUGACUCAAGCGUUUUUUGAUCUUUAACAUCUCAAAGACUACAAAGACUACAUACUCUUCUUAUUUUGGCCACAUGAAUUGUCUUUGGAGGCCUAAAAUCUACAAUAAUUAACUGACUUGUACAUACAUAGAUGUGUGAGAUGCAGACUGUAGAAACAAGAGCGGAAUCAGACUUUGCAACUCACCAGUCUUUGUACUGUCCCCAGAUCUCAAAAAGUAGGGAAAACUUCAAAGAACUUUGAUAGGAAUGGAAACCCUAAUAUCUACUCUCUGCUGUUGCAGCUACAGACUAUUUCAGGGGCAAGCAGCAUUCAGCAACCACUGCUGUUUAAUGUUUUUUUCUCCUCUGGGUUUGUGUGAACAAGCUUUGGGCCCAAAGACAUUAACAGUGAUGUUAAAUAACUAAGGUGAGGUGACCAUACUGACCCGAGUCUACAACCUUUGCCACUGAUCAUCUGACUUGUUCCUAAUUUCGAAUUAUUGUAAAUAUUUAGCUAGCAUCUUGUACUUUGAAGCGCUUGCCAAGCAUUCUCUCUGCUGGAGCCCACUCGGCCUUUGAGCCCAAUUACUGUCAUAGCAUGGUGGGUAAAGACGAGGGACAAUCAUCACCUCUUCACAGCCUGUGCUGAAGAAGCUCUGCAGUUGGAGACAACCGUUACUACUGCUGAUCUUACCCUGGUUAUGUGCUCUAUGAAUCCAGCACCUUGUGCUAUUUCAGACAUUCUUCAAGAAGCAGAUUCUAUUUCAAGUACACACCUGAAACUCAGCUGUUAUACUGUCCUGCGCAGACCAUACAGCUGCCCUGCCUGCCUUUAUUGUAGGCCGAGAUACUCACGUUGCUUUCCCUUGUGCAACACAUUUCCCCCAGCAGCAGUACCUGAACAUGUUCAGUAAAAGCUUUUCCCUUCUUGUACAAACCAGUCAGGACUGCAGCACAGGAACUACUCAGAUUUCAGUGCUUUGCUUGCUUUCUUUCCUCUGUGGAUGUAUUUAGCGCAUGUGUUCAAAUUCCUCACGCAAAGACAGCAGUGGAGGCCUCUCCACAUCCAAACUACAGCCACCAAUUCCAAACUGCCUUCGGGUACAUAGAUUUAUUUCUUACGUUAACAAAGGGAAAAAUGAAGAUCAUAAUGAAAGUCUGCAUUUCUAUUCCGUGAUCACCUUGAAAAACAUAAUGAUCAAGAUAAACCUGUAAGAAAAUAUAGCUACUGCUGUGUUUAAGAAGGUUGAACAGCCUUUAAAGUGAUAGUCUGGUGAAAAAAAGGAUGUGCAGCAUCUAGGAAAAGACCAAACCAGUCUUCUCGUCACUGGGCGUUAGCUAUUUUGGGUCUUACUUUUACCAGCUAAAUGGAAUGUACACCAUGAACUACAUUAACUGAACCUUCUCUAAGGUGACAACUAAUGUUAAUGGUUAAUCAUUUCUCGUGAUGGACAAUGAUUCUCUUGAACAUAAAUAACUGUUUGCUAACAUUAAAAUAAAAGAAUUAAAAAAAGCUUAAUGCAAGUGAGACUGCUAUCACAAUUUUGGUUCAGAUCACUUGCAUGUUAUGAGUUGUACUGGAGUAUGUGCUCAGAGCGAAGUUGCUUUAGAAAGCUUUCUGCAUAUUCAGAACAUAGAAACAUAUUCUCGUGGUGCAGCACUACUGCUCCUGUCUUAGAACUAAUGAAUGAGGGAACUUUAGUUUAAAGGAAUAAGCAACAUGCUCAAAAGACCUGUCUAGUUACUUCUCACUAAAUGACAGGGAAGAAAAAAAAAAACCCAAACUUUUCCAAUAUCUUCUUUUGAGUUUUUAAUGACUAAGUAAGCGUAACAAAACCAAGCAACCAUGAACAAUAUAAUUGUACACAUACAUUCAGUAACUUCAGAUGUGUUAGUCUGUAACUAAACUCUGUGAAUUGACCUCAGUACUUGUUCUCUCUUACUCUUUCUCCCCCUUUAAAAGAAAGAUUCACAUACAGUGCAGAUUGGAGCCACUGCUCAAUGUCAGUGGGAAUAUUUCAUUACCUUCAGCAGGAAAUAUAUCAGGCCAGGCACUGAAACGAAAGACUAUUCUGGCCUUUGUUUUAACUUCCUGUACCUCAGUAUUUACUUUCAUUGAUCAGAAUACCUUUCCUGACUAUCAGAUUAGUAUUUUUUUUACUAGCAGGAAUGUUCUGGAAGUUCACAGGUUUUUCCUUUUGACAGAACCACUCAUUUCAAAGAAUGUUACUUGACUCAAAUGUAAGAUUUACAUGAUCCAAGAUGUGCAACUUAAAUUUAUAAUCUAAUCAUUUAAUAUCAUAGUGCAAGUAAAAAACUGGCAAUUCAGUGAACCAAAAAAAAAUUUUCUUACAGGACAACCCUGUGCAAUCUGUACUAUUUCAGAAGGACUCCUUGGUAAAUUCUGUUCUAAAAUACAUUAUCUGUUUUGUGUCAAUAAACUGAUCCCAUGAAGGAGAACAAA